AUGUCUUCACCAAAAGGCAGCGAGGACUUGUUUCCCGCUCUAGAGUCGCUAUCGAGGCUAAUUGUACCUCAUAUUAAGACCGUUAUUUUCCUGGCACUCGUCGUCAAUCAGCUUCCUGUUCUUCCGGAUCUGCAAACUAUUCUCCAGUCGCAAUUUUCGAGCCCAUUAAUUUUCAUUGUGGCUCUUUAUCUUGGAAGUGUUUGGACACUACCAAAUGGUAAAGAAAACAACAAAACCUUCUCUUGGGCGACGUUGCUUGGACCGUUCUACGCCUUUCGGACGGUUACCGAGCAAGUCGGAACAUAUAUCAAAGUCGGGUCAUUGGUUUCCCUGGCGUACUAUCUAUCCAUCUACUACACUUUCCCUCUUCCAUUCCAGCCAUGGGCUAAAUAUCUUUUUGGCGGAAUCGCUGUUGCUGUAUCUGCCAUUGCAUACCUCUUUGCUCCCAUCAGCAAAAUCUAUGGACCGCUCCGCUUCUGCUACCUUGAACACGCGCAGACAUACUGGCAAGUUCUGAACUGGUGGUCGCUCACAGCCAUUCUGCCCUUGUUUUCACCCACGCUGCUCCCUGUUGUUAUCUUUGGCCUCAUCAGUAUAUCGGUAGGGACGUGGAUGCACGUUUACUUUAGCUAUCGUGACAAUUUACGCACAAUUACAUGGACAGUCUCUGAGAACGCAGCCAGAGCAAAGGCUGCUGCUGAUGAGGCCCGCGACUACGGAUCUAUGGCGAGAAAGUAUGAGGAACAGAUGAUCAACUCGGCAGCUGAAGCACGCCGGGAUGUGCUUCUUUCGAAAACAAUCAAGGCGUCAGACUUCUGGGACUGCGGGACUCGUGCUUGGGCUGCACUUGGAGAAGCUACCGCCCAAGGUGAAGAUGCCAUCAUCAAGGCGCGACGGGUCAUUGAUGCAGCCAUCGCUUGUGAAGAAGCUGAGACAUCUGAAAAGAAGAAGCCCGAUACAUACCUGAGACAAUCAGCCGAAAGUGCGCACGACAGAGCAAUGGAAGCAGUGGCUCUCCUCAGAGCUGCGCAAGCUGCCGUGCGAGGUUCCGAGAACGCCGCGAAACAAGACGCAGUCGCACGUCAUAGCGCGGAGUUGACUGCCGAGAAUACAUCAAGCACAGCCAAGUCUGUCAGUGAGACGGUCGCAAGUAUCCAGGAUGCAGAGCGAAGGGCGUCCUGGGCUGGUGGUGCUGCUGCAAGGCGAGCUGACGAGGCAAUUGCCAUGGCUACCAACGGAGAGAUUGAGGAGGCCAAGAAGGCGGUUGCUGCUUCUGAAGCUGCUUUCCAGGUGGCCGAGGAGUCGUCUAAGGCUGUUCGUGAGGGUAUGGAGACUACGCAGAGGGUUUUGCAAGAGUGGCUGCAGAGUAGCUGGAAGGGAAUGUAG